GCAUAACAAAACUAAGCCCAGCUUUGUAGUAAACAUGGGGAAAAUGGGGUCUUCAAUGAUCUCUCUCUUUCUUUCUCUCUUAAUCUUAGCUUUUAGCUUGCCUUUUGAAAUCUCAGCUGAUCAUACUUAUUCCUCACCUCCACCUCCUCCUGAGAAGUAUCCACCACCACCCUAUCAUUACAAGUCACCACCACCUCCUCCUCCCAAGGAGGCAUACAAGUACAAAUCUCCUCCUCCACCAACCCCUGUUUACAAGUAUAAGUCUCCACCACCUCUGCCGGUGCAUUAUCCUCCACCACCUUACAAGUACAAGUCUCCUCCUCCUCCCAAGGAGUCAUACAAGUACAAGUCUCCUCCUCCUCCCAAGGAGUCAUACAAGUACAAGUCUCCUCCUCCUCCCAAGGAGUCAUACAAGUACAAGUCUCCUCCUCCACCUCCUCCAGUCUACAAUACAAGUCUCCUCCUCCUCCUCCUAAGGAGCCAUACAAGUACAAGUCUCCACCUCCACCUCCUCCGGUUUACAAGUACAAGUCUCCUCCUCCUCCCAAGGAGACAUACAAGUACAAGUCACCACCACCACCUCCUCACCACUACUAAGUUACGGUUGUGAUCGUAGUCUAAGGAGAAGAGUGAUUCAAAUAAAGCAACAAAAUAUGGUUUGAACAAAUAUAUAGAGAGGCCGUGGAGAUGAAAAUCAGGAGCCCAGCUUAGUCUCCGCGUCUGAAGUUAAUGAUGUAGACAAAUUUAUAUUCGGCAAUGUAUUGUCCAGUGCGCCCACUUGUUUUAAUAAUAAAAAUGAAUCCUUAUGUAA